AUGGCGGAGAGCACCUUUUGCAGAUGCCGUGAAACGACCACAUGGACAAGAGCGAGACGAUUCUUGUGUUUGUGGAUGCUGUUCCUCACUGUUGGGACGUUCAUGUUAACCGUCUCCGUUCCAAGCCUCAACCUGUCUUGGUUUAUGACCAUGACGCAUACAGCGUACAACACUCUGCAUACGUCGGCAGCGGAUCUCUCACCAGAUGACCCGUCGCUGUACUUUGUGCCGUACCCAAACCAGUACAGUAUCACCGUGGAUGAACCACAUCGAUGUUGGCAAGAAAGGCCAUUCUUGGUUCUCAUGAUCCCAGUCGCACCCAUCAACAGAGAAGCCCGCAACGCGAUCCGCAACACGUGGGGCAAAGAAACGACAGUGCUGGGCAGAGUGGUGAGCCGCUACUUCCUCCUGGGAAUGUCCAAAGAGGAAGAUGGGACAGAAAGCAUCAACGAGCAAGUGUUGGAGGAAAGCCGGACACAUCACGAUAUCCUCCAGAGUGACUUCCUGGACAGCUACAAAAACCUCACGAUCAAAACCAUGGUCAUGUUCGAAUGGCUCAGCUCCCGUUGCCCCAAAUCUUCCUUCGCCAUGAAAAUAGACUCCGACAUGUUCCUUAACGUCCGCAACCUGGUCAGCAUGCUUUUGAAAGCCCCGCAACGCCUCUACAUGACGGGAAUGGUGGCGAGGGGUGCCCUUGUUCUCAGAGACCGAACCUCAAAGUGGUUUCUGCCGGUUUCCGUCUUCCCCGAGGACUAUUACCCAACGUACGCCCGGGGGCUGGGCUAUGUGUUCUCACUGGAUUUACCCAAGAUGAUACUGGAGGCGUCGGCACAUGUUAAAGCUCUUUACAUCGAAGAUGUCUACGUGGGACUGUGCAUGAGGCAUUUGGGAAUCGCACUGACGAAUCCUCCUCGUGGUCAUUCGUUCCAUGGAAUGGUGCCUUAUCUGACCAGCAACUGUUACUGGACCUCAGUCAUAACAACAAUACUGGGGAGCUCUGACCAGCUUAAACGAGUGUGGAGAGUGUAUCAGUCUCAUGAUGACUGCUCACACUUCUGA